UCCUUCCAGAGAACAGCAGGUACCUGUGAGGGUGAACAACUCAACAACAAGCAGCCUGGCUUUGGAUACGGCCAAGACGGUGUUUCCAGCUCACGUCUCCAGCGUCUCCCUGCACAGUUCUGCUUCGCUGGUGCACCUGUCCACUCUUCCUGAUCCAGCAUGCCUUCAGCGGAGCUUGCGGACAGGUAAGAGACGGCCUCUCUUCAGAAGCCACCUGUGGGAUGCUGUAAACAGACACCUUCUGAGCUGCCGCUCUCAAUGUAUAUGACAUCAAAAGUGCUUUUGACAGCUGCUUCCUGUAAAAAGACGUGAUUCUGCAGAGGCGCCCAAAAGAACCUCCUCUCCCGGUCUUGUACAUUUGUGGAAUAUUCUCGGAGGUGUUAUCAUUUGAACUUUGGGAGAAGACACCUGGACUUCUGUCCCUCGCUUUGAAGACGGAGCCUUGAAUUUUCGUCCUCUUCACUUAAAGACUGACAGCCUUUGGGUCGUUAAUCGCUCCUUAAUCUGGGUGUCCCAGAAGGCCGGAGAGAACAGCGUCCCGUGGGGGUUUAGGUGAAGACCACCCACAAUGUCCUCCGCAGGGCUGGAAAUCUUGGCAAUGAGCCUGUGCAUUUUUGGCUGGUUGGGGAGCAUUAUCUCAUGCGCCCUGCCCAUGUGGAAGGUCACGGCUUUCAUCGGGAACAACAUCGUGGUGGCGCAAAUCAUCUGGGAGGGACUGUGGAUGAACUGUAUCGUGCAAAGCACCGGUCAGAUGCAGUGCAAGAUCUACGACUCCAUGUUGGCCCUGCCUCAAGAUCUCCAAGCUGCCCGGGCCCUCAUGGUGAUCGCUGUGCUGCUGGCCAUCUGGGCCCUGUUGGUGGGCAUUGUGGGAGCCAAGUGCACCAACUGCGUAGACGAUGAAGGCGCCAAGGCCCGCAUCGUCAUCACCUCUGGCUCUCUCUUCAUCGUCUCCGGCCUCCUCACCCUCAUCCCGGUUUGCUGGUCUGCCAACACAAUCAUCCGCGACUUCUACAACCCACUGGUGGUCGAGGCCCUCAAGAGGGAGCUGGGAGCGGCUCUGUACGUCGGCUGGGCGGCCUCCGCGCUUCUCCUCCUCGGGGGAUCGCUGCUCUGCUGUUCCUGCCCACCGCGAGAGGACCGCUACCCACCGCCGCGUAUUGGGUAUUCUGCCCCGGCCAGAUCCACUGCACCCCCAGGCAGCGGGAUUGACAAACGGGACUAUGUAUGAGUAGGAGUGGCGGUCGAGGUAGACUUGUCAGACGUCACCAGGCCUAAACCCCAACAGGAAUUGCUGGUGCAAGGACUUUUAUGGUGGGAAACUGGGCCGAGGCUGAUCCAUCUGGGUUGAGCUGUGAUAUCUGGCAAUUCUGGAAUGUGUGUGUGUGUGUGACCAUAACUGCAUGUGUGAGUGAGAAGACACGAACAAACUGAUACACAAAACAAAAGGUUGAACAAACAGUCGUGAAAGAGAAUGACAAACAGGAGGAGAAUGCUGAAGCGAAAGGUGCAGAGAUUAGAUAAAUGAAAAGAGGGAAGAAUGAUGGCAGGUGAGACCACAUGGUUGUGGAAAUCGGAUGUGUGAGGGCAGGUGAGUGCAAAUGGAACCGCAUUAGUGGACAACUGAACAAAAGC